AAUAACUGCUGAACCCUGGAGCGAGGAACAGACAGUGUGGGCUGGGUGGAGGAGGUGCCUAGGAGGAGGCGUGAUGCCAGUAUCCUGUACUGGGGAGCCCAACAGCAUGUGCUCGAUGCCAAUGCAGUGCCUGUAGGACUUCAGCUCAACCGGGACGUGGAUCACAGUGCUGGAUCAGAUCCAUAAGAGCUUCCCAGUAGGUGGCAGGAAUGGCAGGAGCUCAGGUGGGACUACCAGGACCUUUCUUGGAGCCUCCAGUUGGGCCUUGCCCCAUCUCCGACUCUGACUCUGAGUCGGAGGAUCCCAGAGCUGUGGGUGGCACAAGACCCAACGCUGCAGCACAGAACUCCUCCCAGGUCAUUCACAGUGGCCACUUCAUGGUGUCAUGCCCGCACAGCGACUCACUGCCCCGGCGACGGCACCACCGUACUGAGCCCGAACCAGCUGAUCCCCGGAGUAUCGAUCCGACCCUCACCUGGCUCUUUGAGUGCAUGAGCCUGGAGUACAGUGGGAAGCUAGUAUCUCCAAAGUGGAAGAAUUUCAAGGGGCUGCGACUGCUUUGCUGGGAUAAAAUUCGACUCAACAACGUGAUCUGGAGAGCAUGGUACAUCCAGUAUGUGGAGCGGAGGAAAAACCCUGUGUGCAGCUUCAUCACCCCUCUGGAGGGCAUGGAGGCUGAUGAGCACCGAAAACCAGAGGCUGUUGUGCUGGAGGGCAACUACUGGAAACGCCGCAUUGAGGUGGUGAUGAGGGAGUACCACAAAUGGAGGAUCUACUAUAAGAAGCGGCUCCGAAAGUCCGCACGAGAGGAAGAGAUCUGCAGUCCAAAGCAGGACGAGGAUGUCUGGAGGCCAACAGAGAAAUGGUGCAACCAGCUCUUCUGCAAUGUAGUGCCCAUGCUGCUUGGGGAUGAGGAGGAGGAGUGUGGGAGCAGGCAGCAUUUCGAUUUGGACACCUUCCUUUCGGACAUAUCUGAUACCCUCUUCACCAUGACACAGAUGCCCAGCACCCACCAGGCACUCCCUGAGGAUGUGUAUGUUGGGAACGCUGACGUGAUACAGCCAGAUUUGGCACCCCUGCAGCCCAGCCUGGAUGACAUGGACAUAUCAGGGUGUCCCCUUCCUCUCCGGGCAGGUCCACUUGUGCCGGUCACUGUGUCUCCACUUGGCUCUGCAGAAAUCUUCACCAGCCACCGGCCACCCCUAUCUCAGACACAACCAGGCUACCAGGAUCCAUCCUGCUUCUCGCCUAUGGCUGAACCCCUGUUCAGCAGUGGGGAGUCCCUGAUGGGUGCUCGGAGUCUGCCUGUGAGUCCCGAGGCCCCGAUCCUACCUGGCACCCUCCUCCAGCCCAGUGAUGCCUCCCAGCUCAGCCUCCACAGCACCUUCCCAGGCUCCGAGCUGCCCCCGGCCCCCCUGCCCCCCGAACACCCCGACGUGGCACCCAGCAGCCUCAGUCCCCAGCUCCGACACAAGCCCACACUGCAGUACGACUUCCCUGGCAAGUGCCUCAGCCUGGAGUCACCAACACCCCACUAUGUCCCCACCAUCCCAUCCCCCCAGGCACCACUGCUGAGCCUGGAACCCUCCUUCUCCCCUGCCUCAACCCCUCUCUCUAAGUUCCCUUACAGCAGUUCACCUGACCCCUCACUUGUCACCCACACUACCUCCCCUCCCUCAAGGCCUUGCUUUUCCCCCUGCAUCCCAGGGCUGGGCUAUGCCACAGGCAUGGGGCCCCAGGGAUAUCCCGGCCCUGCUGUCUCCCAACUCCUCCCCCAAGCCCUGCUGGGCAACCCCAGGUUUGCCCCCUCCAAGGGGCUGCCCCAGGGUGGAGGUGGGUGGCCCAGGGCAAAGUCCAGCGGCACCAAGGCAAGGAGGCUGCCAGGACAUCCCCUGUCCCACCUGCCUGAGCCCAACCCCUGCCUGAGCCAGCUCCUGACCACAGCCAAGCAGGACCUGGUGCUGGAUCCCCCUUGCCUGAUGGGUGCAGGACUCAUGCCCACAGCCCCUGUCUCACCGCAGCAGAGCACUGUCCCCAAAGUCCCUGCCACCUUCCUCUCCAGAAUGGCCCAGAUGAGCCCAGGACUGGCUCCUGGCUCCAGCCCUUCCCAAGUGUUGCUGCACACAGUGGGCAUGCAGCCGAGCCCCCUACAAGUCCCCAAGGCAGAGCAGCAGUCCCCCACCUUGACUUGUGGCAGUGACUGGUGCAAGCCCAGCCAGGCUUCCCCAGGACCCACUGCAAAGCUGGGCACUAGCAUCUCCCUGCACCAGCCUGUGUCCCGUCUGGGAAGGCCUGAGUCCAGCAAGCUGGAGAGCCGCCGCAUCACACACAUCUCCGCUGAGCAGAAGAGACGCUUCAACAUCAAGCUUGGCUUCACCACGCUGCACAGCUUGGUGAGCACACUGAGUGCUCAGCCCAGCGUCAAGAUCAGCAAGGCCACCACCCUGCAGAAGACAGCCGAAUAUAUCUGCAAGCUGCAGCAGGAGCGGGCAGCCCUGCAGGAUGAGGCACAGCGUCUGCGGGACCAGAUCGAGGAACUCAACGGCUCCAUCAACCUGUGCCAGGAGCAGCUGCCGGCCACAGGGGUGCCCAUCACACGCCAGCGCUUUGACCACAUGCGCAAAAUGUUUGACGAGUAUGUUCGCUCCUCCACACUGCAGAACUGGAAGUUCUGGAUCUUCAGUAUCAUCAUCCGGCCUCUCUUCGAGUCUUUCAAUGGCAUGGUGUCCACAGCCAGCAUGGAGAGCCUCACCCAAACAUCUCUUGCCUGGCUGGACCAGCACUGCUCCCUCCCAGCGCUUCGGCCAACCGUCCUGAGCUCUCUGCGGCAGCUGAGCAUCUCCACCUCCAUCCUCAGCGACCCGGCCCGAGUCCCCGAGCAGGCGGCACGGGCAGUGGCGGCGCUGGCACGCCCCAGCGCCUCCUCCUCUUCCUGACUGGUCCGGGGUUUCCGGGAUGUCCCACGGGCACCGGCGUGGGGAGCCGAGA